AUGCUUUAUCAACGACUCGUACGCUUAGGGACGUUGUUUUUUCUGAUUGGGGCUGUGGCUGGCGCAUCUACCAACUCCACAUGCCAUUUGAUAUACGAGCUGCCCAAUAAUGAACAAUGCUCGUUUGCUCUAGAGCACUGUGCAGAUCACCAGUUGGGUUACCUCAACUUGUUCAAGUUGUACUAUUGCACAUCUUCCUGGACCCUAGUUCGACAAUGGCUGAUUCUGCCGCUCGUGGUGGCCAUUUUGCUCUACCUGUUUGCCUUUCUAGGGCUCACAGCCAGCGAAUACCUCUGCGCAAACCUGUCGACCUUGUCCGCCUAUCUCAAGAUCCCAGAAAACAUCUCAGGACUAACGCUGUUGGCGUUUGGAAAUGGGUCGCCGGACCUUGUCAGCACAUACAGCUCGUUUCAAACAAACAACCCUUCGCUCGCAAUAGGAGAACUCAUUGGCGCCGCGUUCUUCAUCACCAGCUUCAUCGUCGGAUCAAUCACCAUCGCCCAUCCUUUCGACGUGAUCCCGCAAUUUUCGGCUGACAGCCCGCAAACGCAGCAGCUGUUGGUUCAGAACGCUAAAUUCGUGUAUCUUCGAGACGUUUCGUUUUUCCUCUUCUCGAUGAUCACUCUGGUGGCCUGUCUUCUGAACGGCCAUCUUUCCACCGUCAAGCUCAACAUUCUUAUCACCAUUUAUCUAACUUAUGUCUGUGUGGUGCUUAUAUGGCAGUACCUGUUCUCCCAGAAAAAGAAAGAGCUCAUCAGAGACUACACCAUCAGAAACUCGUACAACGACGAGCCGUUCAUCGUUAUGGACGGUGACAACCUCGAGUUUGAAGACACUUACACUUUCCACCCCGGAAUCAUCAACAGCAUUGAGUUCGGCAAAGUCCUCGACGGUCUGAGCCAAAAACAGUCUGUCCCGUUCAAUCUGGCAAGUUUUGUCAACGACUCGCAAAACUACGAGUCACGACUCACGAAUAACCAUAUUAGUCUUCCAGACGACGAAAUUGAAUCUCAAUCCACCAUCAAAACAAUCUUCAACAACUUAGCAUACCCGUUGGUCAUGAUACUCACGUACAAUGUUCCUGUGGUACCGUACUCAAUGUGCGACGACUCGACAAAACCCAACCUGCCCCAACUGUACAAGAUCCUCGUUUCGCUGUCUUUGGCUGAAUGCACCAUAUUCCUAUCAUUUUUCAACUCCCCGUCGUGGCAAAGCUGGCUAGUUUUCUUCGCAAUUGCUCCCUUCCCAGUGUUUGGUGUCUAUUACAACCUUAUUAGGGCACAGAAACAAUCCAACCUUGUCAAGUUGUUUCUCUGUGUUGUUGGGUUUGUAACCGCAAUCGCAUUCAUCGCCCAAAUAGCAGACGAAUUGAUCAACGUGCUCAAAUUCAUCAGUGUGCUCACCAACAUGUCCGACGUCAUAAUGGGCCUCACCAUCUUUGCAAUUGGAAACUCUGUCGGUGAUCUGAUCUCCAACCUCGUCAUAGCCAGUCUCGGCUACCCUCUGAUGGCUCUUGCUGCCUGUUUUGGAGGUCCAUUGCUAAAUUUGCUGUUGGGAGUUGGUGUCAACGGAAAAAUCAUGGGUCAGGUCAACAUCGACAUCAAAUGGAGCUUCACCCUGACAUGUACUUGGAUCAUCCUCGUACUCGUGUUCAUGCUCGUCUACAUCCCACUCAACAACUGGAGAUUUACACGGCAAAUAGGCAUUGGUCUAGUGCUCGUUUGGGUUCUAGGAACAUACUUGAACAUUCAAUUAGAAUUAAUCUAG